AUGUUUAAACAGCUAAGGCUAGAUUAUAGUCCGAAAAGUGCUCUAAGAACAGGUUGGUGCUAUGCUAAAAGGUUUAACUCGAACAUAAAUAGUUUCAAAUUUGAUUUUGGAGCUGGUGAUACAACUUUUGGUGAAUUAGUGGAUAAGAACUCAUCUGAUGUCUCAGAUUAUUCACCUUAUAGAAAUGCUGACGGUAGUUUUAUUAAAGGUUCAAGCAGUGAAGAAGCUAGACUUCACGACGAUACUAUAAAGGGAAGAGUGAAUCACAAUGUUAUUGCUCUACCAGAUGAAAUAUCCAAGGUGAUCAAUAAUAAUAUUCUCAGUUUAGUGUCUCCCGAUAGACUUAGAACCAAGCUGGCUGAAAUCUAUCAAUCAUUAUCCAAAGGUCAAAUGUUACAAGCUCCUACGAAUUCUAUUGAAACUGAUGCCCACAUAGCUUCGUUGUUCUUACAAGAUUAUGCACACACUUUUCAAGUUUUAGAUGAGCUCAAAAAACGUACUGAUGCUAAACCUGAUAGUAUUUUAACUGUCGGAUACGGGCCAGCCACUGGUAUGGUUGCCGCCAAUGAAGUUUUUGAAGAUUUCAGACCAAGUGUAAAGCAUGCGUAUAUCGUGGGAAGAUUCAAUAGAGAGAUGAAGAAAAGGGCUAAAAUUAUUUUAUCCAGACAAUUAUGUGAACAGCCUUUACAAGUUGAAGAAGUUGAAGAAGACGCUGUUGCUGAAGUGGAAGAUAAUGAAGUUGUAGAAGAAUUUGAAGAAGAAUUCGAGGAAUCACAGGAGCAAGUGAAUGAUUAUGUGGGACCUGUUGAUACCUCAAGAAUCAAUAUCGUCACCAAAAUCAAGGAUUCCCUACCUUCCAGAAGUUAUGACUUGAUCGUCGUUAACCAUGCAUUACUUACUAAAGAACAUCAUUUCCCUAGAGAUGUUGAUAUCAAUAUUCACAUGUUAUUGAAUUUACUUAAUCCAAAAGGUCAUAUUGUCCUUAUAGAAAGAGGAAACCAUACAGGUUUUGAAAUCAUUUCCAGAGCUAGACAAUUAAUGAUACGUCCAGAAAACUACGAUAAAGAGAUUGGUAAGUUACCCAGACCUUAUAUCAAAGGAAGUAAAGUAAAACCGCAAAAGUUGAGAGGUAUUGAUCAAUUGAUCACUGAGGAUGACAUUGAAUUUGAAGAACAAAUGUUGGCUGACAUAGAAAAGGAGAUUGCCGAAGAAAACGAAGUGUCUGAAAUGCAACAAUCAGAUGAUUUAGAAGACCUCGACCAAUCAGAAGAUUUCGAACAGUCGAUUAUCGAGAAACAUGGUGAAGUUUCUGAAGAAGAUUUGAAAUUCGAAUUCGAAGAUGAUGAAAAUUUCGAACUUACAGAAGUAAAGGAAGCUGAAGAUGUUGAUGUGGAAUACCAUUUGAAAAUCAUUGCUCCUUGUGCACAUCAUUCCAAAUGUCCCUUACAAAUGGGAGAUCCUAAAUAUUAUAAAAUUCCUUCUCAUAAACAUAAAUUAAGUUGGUGUUCAUUUGACAACAUCGUUGAAAGACCCAAGUAUACUAUGGAAUUGAAGAAAGGUAAAAGACUCGCCACAAAUUGGGAUAAGAGUGCCGACGAUGGAUUUGGUUUAGAUAACUUGAAUAAAGGAACUUUGAGAAACUUACAAGGUAAAGGUAGACCUGGAGGAAAGAAUACUGAAAAUGGUCAAUUUUCAUAUUUGAUCGCCCAAAGAUCUUCAAAUUCACCUGAAGAGAUCAAAAAGAUCAAUUAUGAAAGAGAAUUUAAUAGUUCUAAACUACUUGAAAAUAGUGAAAUGAACUGGCCCAGAAUAAUCAGUAUACCCACUAAAAUCAAAAACAACGUCAAGUUGAAGACCUGUGCACCAUCAGGUAAUAUUGAAAUCUGGCAAAUUCCUAAGAGUAUGGGCAAACAGAUUUAUCAUGAUGCCCGUAAAGUGAAACAAGGAGAUUUAUGGGCUUUAGAUAAAAAGAGCGUUCAAGUUAAAAAUCAAUUAGGUGAUGUUAAACGUGAAAAAUUAGAUAUUUUGUCUAAGCUUGAAAAGAAGAGUUUCAUCAAACAGCAAAGAAAGAAGACUUGGAAGAAGUUAGUCAGUCAUUCUGAAGAAGAUUUUGAUGAUGUUGUUAAAUUAAGUGAUUCCAUCGCAACUAAUUUGGAAACUUCCAAACAAUAUAAAUGGAAAGGUAAAAAGGCUAAAUAUGAUGUUGAUCCAAGGAAAUAUGACGGUAAAUAG